AUGGCAGUUUUCAACCUCACACACUUUGACGCUUCAGCAUUCUUUCUAAUGGGCAUCCCUGACUUGGAAGCUGCUCACAUCUGGAUUUCCAUCCCUUUCUCUAUUUUCUACAUUAUGGGCCUGCUGGGAAAUUUCACGCUUCUCUAUGUUAUAGGCAAGGAGCAGACUGUGCACAAGCCAAUGUAUCUGCUGCUCUCCAUGCUGGCACUCACGGAAAUCGGCACAUCUACUUCUGUUGUGCCAAAGGUAAUGUGCAUAGUUUGGUUCAAUUUGAAAGGUAUUACUCUGGCUGGCUGUCACACCCAGAUGUUCUUCCUUUAUGUGCAUACAGUUAUGCAUUCAGCUGUCCUUAUGACAAUGGCCUUUGAUUGCUGUGUCACCAUAUGUAACCCUCUGAGAUAUGCCACAGUCAUCACCAACGCACAAAUAGCUAAGCUAGCGCUAGUGGGUUUGAUAAGAGCUGUUCUCUUUGUUCUUCCCAUGCCCCUGGUCCAGAGCUGGCAGCCAUUCUGUGCCAACCACAUUAUCCCACAUAUGUGCUGUGACCACAUGGCCGUGGUGAAGAUGUCGUGUGGCGACAUUACAGUCAACAGGAUGUACGGUUUGGUAAUAGCAUUUGUAAUCAUCAUGUUAGACCUGACACUUAUUGCCCUGUCCUAUGCUCUGUUCCUCAGGGCUGUCCUCAGAGUAUCCUCCAAGAAAGCCCACCAGAAAUCUUUCAGCACUUGCACAGACCAUAUCGGUGUGAUGAAGAUGUCUUAUCCUUCCUUCCUCUUCUCCACUGUGACAUACCGCUUUGGUCAGGGAAUUGCUCCCCAUCUUCACAUCAUCUUGACCAACCUAUAUUUCCUCCUCCUCCCCAUGUUCAAUCCUAUCAUUUAUGGGGCUAAAACCUUCGAGCUUCGUGAGAAAUUGCGUAAGUACACUUGCAGAAUAUGA